AUGCAGUUGAUGACAAUCAUAAUUAUAAUAGCAUUAUAAACUCUAAUUUAUCACACAACGCUAAACUUGACGUUGAAAAUGUUGAUAAUGUGGAACACAUCGGAAACGAAAGUGUGACUGAUCAUGGAAUUGCGCUUGCAGAACAAUUAUUGAUAUUGGGACGUUCUUGCCAAACAGAAGGCCGGAAUGAGGAGGCUAUCAAAAACUACGAAGAAGCAGUUCAACUUGCGUAUGAAAUGAAUCACAAUGACAUCAAAGCAAAAGCUUAUCAACACUUGGGAAACGUAUUCGCUGCAACAUCUGAGUAUAAAAAAGCAAUCGAGUAUUACCAGAAAGCACGUAUAACAUUUCCACACCUCGAGGGAGAUGAGAUGGAAGUAAUAGCAUAUCAAUGGCUAGGUUACAACCACCUGCAAUCUAAUCAGUACCAAGCAACCAUGGGAUAUUACCACGAAGCGUUAAAACUAGCCACACGGUUUGGAUGUCAAACGAGAGAGGUUAAUGCUAGCAUAGGAUUAGGAAGUGCGUUCAGUUAUAUUGGCGAUUUUGAAUCUUCAGAAAAGUAUUUCUCAAAAUCAAUCAUAGGUGCUGAAUUAUCAAAUGAUAAACGUUCCGAAACGGAUGCUUACUCAAACUUAGGACAUCUCUACUACAAGAAGGGUAAGUUUGAUACUGCUGUGAAAUCGUAUCUCAAAGUUCGAGAAAUGACUCAAGAUCUUGGUGAGAGAAAAGAGGAAGGCAGCGUCUGUGUCAUGCUUGGUCACACCUUUCGACAGUUAAAUCAACACGAGAAAGCAGUUGAAUUUUACCAGAAAGCAUUAAGCAUAGAUAAGGAACUAAAGGAUAAAGGAAUGCAGAGGAAUUGUUGUGAAGCUCUAGAGGGAAAUAUCAAUGAAUGGUGCGGAUACUGCUGCCGUUUUAUUGCUGGUCAAGAUCAAGAAGCAAUAACAUUUUACGAGAAAGCGAAAGAGAUUUCCAAACAAGUUGGAGAAAGAUAUCAAGAAUAUCGCACAAACCAAGCCAUUGGAAAUAUCUUGUGCAACAUCGGUGAUUAUGCGAAAACGAUAGAAUAUUACCAAGAAGCAUUGAAAAUUGCCAUGGAACUUCGUGAUAAACACUGCGAAAGUACAUCAUGUUUAAAUUUGGCAUCAGCUUGUGGCAAAGAUUGUGAUUACGAGACGGCGUUAGAAUGGUACGGAAGAGCGUUGCAAAUUCUUGACACAGAGUUUGGUGAUCACCUUCUGAAAGAGAAGGCUCUUACCGGUUUAGGAAUUGCCUGGUUUAAUCUUGGAAAUAUCCGUAAGGCAACUGAAUUAAUUUGUGAGGCUCGAAAAUUUGUUAAGGAGAAAACUGACUCAGGUAAUUAUGGUUAGAGACAAUAUUAAGACGUAAAUAUCAAAUAGAAAGGGGAAUAUGUGAUUGGUCCUAUUUUGUGGUUUUUCAUUUUACAAUAUUUAUAUUCUAACAUUUUUUGAAAAUUGUUUUUUUAUUAUGUAGAUCACCCCAAUAUUGACCUUACGCACCAGAACAAAAAUUCUGCAACGAAAAUGCCGUCGUCACAGACAUCAG